AUGCCGUCGCCCGCGCCGCCCACCGAGCUGCUGCCGUCGGAGCGCGCCGUGGUGCUGCUGUCGUGCGUGCUCUCCGCGCUCGGCUCGGGCCUGUUGGUGGCCACGCACGCCCUGUGGCCCGACCUGCGCACCCGGGCACGGCGCCUGCUGCUCUUCCUGUCGCUGGCGGACCUGCUCUCGGCCGCCUCCUACUUCUACGGGGUGCUGCAGGACUUCGCGGGCCCCUCGUGGGACUGCGUGCUGCAGGGCGCGCUCUCCACCUUUGCCAACACCAGCUCCUUCUUCUGGACCGUGGCCAUCGCCCUCUACCUGUACCUCAGCAUCGUCCGCGUGGCGCGCGAGCCUCGGGGCGGCCGCCUGCUCUGGGCCUUCCACGUCGUCAGCUGGGGCGUCCCGCUGGUCAUCACUGUAGCUGCUGUCGCUCUAAAGAAGAUCGGCUAUGACGCGUCGGACGUGUCCGUCGGCUGGUGCUGGAUCGACCUGGAGGCGGAGGACCGCCUGCUGUGGAUGCUGCUGACCGGGAAGCUCUGGGAGAUGCUGGCUUACGUCACGCUGCCCGUGCUCUACUUCCUCAUCAGGAAGCACAUAAACAGGGCGCACGAGGCCCUGUCGGAGUACCGGCCCAUCCUCUCCGAGGCACACCGGCUGCAGCGCCACGCCUCUGUGGCCGACAAGAAGCUGAUCUUUAUCCCACUCAUCUUCAUCUGCCUCCGGGUCUGGAGCACCGUGCGGUUCGUCCUGACCCUCUGUGGCUCCCCGGCCGUGCGGUCACCAGUGCUGGUCGUUCUGCAUGGUAUUGGGAACACGUUUCAGGGCGGUGCCAACUGCAUCAUGUUCGUCCUCUGCACCCAGGCCGUCCGAACUCGGCUCUUCUCCCUCUGCUGCUGUGGCUGCCUCUCCCAGCCUUCUGCCGAGAGCCCGGCUGGCCCUCCCAAGGCUCCUGCAUUCUCCAAGACAGGAGAAUCUCAGGGAUCCAGACACACCCCGGAUGAACUUCCAAGGACCUGAGCUUGCCCCUUCCUGGUUCUGUGCACAGGUGCUGCCUACCUGGGGACACGUGCUUCUGUGAGUCCCAGCCGCAGAGAGUGGGGGCAGGCACCCACUGGUGCUUGAAGCCUUCUGCUUUUGAAGCUCUUGACCCCCCUUGUGGGGGAGCGGCCACAGACUCAGCUGCUUCUACCUCCUAGACCCUUAGGUGGCACAGCCCCACUCCCACCUGUGUCCUUCUGCACGUGGGAGCACUUGGCCUGCAUGAGGGUCGGCAGUGAGAUCGGCACGUGAUCACUGUCAGGUUGCCUACCACAGGGCCUUUGCACUAGCUGUUCCCACAGCUGACCACACAGCACUGUUUACAAU